AUGGUUACUAUGGAGGAAUUUAACAGUCACGCUGAAAAAGUUAAAAAGCUUAAAACAAAACCUAAUGAUAAUGAUCUCCUCGAACUUUACGGCUUGUACAAACAAGCUACAGUUGGUGACAACAAUACAUGUAUUUGCAGCGAAGAAGCCAAAACUUUGUACGUGAAUAAAGCUAGAUGCCUUAUUGAAAAAUAUGGACUGGAAUCAUAA